AUGCAGAUUCAAGUAGGCAAAGGACCCUGGGCAUCUGAAGUAUCUGGAAUUGUCAAGAUAGAUAUUAAAGAUGACGAAAACAAAUUUGAUAUGUUAGUAAGGAAUUGCGUUGCUCAUGAUGGUAAGAGAGUCCCAAUACAACUUGUUGACCAAUAUGGUUAUGUAGUUAGACCCAAAAUUAUGAGCAAAUUCCAGAAAAUUAAGAAUUUUGGUCCUUCAGCUUCAGUGGUAUCAUUCGCGUACUUCCAAGCAUUUAAAUUCCCAGAUUCCAUGAACGUCCACUUCCAAUGUGUGAUACAAGUAUGUAAAUAUAACUGCCCAGAACCCAAAUGUGGUGGCCAUGGUUUAGGACUAACAAGUUUGGACUCGGAUGCCUUAUUUUUGACACGACGUGAAAUGUUUAUGAUAAUGAAGAACUAUGGUCAUAAGAAACUUGAAGAUCAGAUAGACUUGCUUCAAAAGGAAAUUGAAAAAAGGACGGGAUGUGUCAAUGACUUUCGGACAGCUAUUUCGCAGACGACAAAUCGUUUUAAAGCUGAUUAUAAGUCAUGA